AUGAGCGUGGCGGAUCUGCCAAAGACAGAGGCGAACGUGCUGAGAGGCCACGAGGGGGCAGUAUUAGCAGCGAGGUUCAAUAGUGACGGCAAUUACUGCCUCAGCGCCGGGAAAGACCGAACCAUCAGACUCUGGAACCCACACCGCGGCAUCCACAUCAAGACCUACAAGUCCCAUGGCCGCGAAGUACGUGACGUUCAUGUCACCUCGGACAACUCGAAAUUGUGUUCUUGCGGUGGUGACAGACAAAUCUUUUAUUGGGAUGUGGCGACGGGGAAAGUCAUUCGAAAGUUUCGAGGUCAUGAAGGGGAGGCGAAUGCUGUGAAGUUCAAUGAGUAUUCAUCUGUUGUGGUCUCGGCAGGUUUUGAUCAGUCCUUGCGUGCUUGGGACUGCAGGUCUCACAGCAAUGAACCCAUUCAGAUAAUCGACACGUUUACAGACAGUGUAAUGUCUGUUUGUUUAACAAAGACCGAAAUUAUUGGUGGAAGUGUUGAUGGAACUGUGAGAACUUUCGAUAUGCGUAUCGGGAGAGAAGUAUGCGAUGACUUGGGACAACCUGUAAACUGCAUCUCAAUGUCAAACGAUGGUAACUGCAUACUAGCCAGUUGCUUAGAUUCGACUUUACGUCUCAUUGACAGGUCUUCUGGUGAAUUACUUCAACAAUACAAAGGUCAUACUUGUAAGUCUUACAAAUUGGACUGCUGUAUUACCAACACUGAUGCCCAUGUAACCGGUGGGUCUGAGGAUGGCUUCAUUUUCUUCUGGGAUCUGGUAGAUGCAUCUGUGGCAACAAAGUUCAGAGCUCAUUCGUCAGUGGUAACAAGUGUGAGUUAUCACCCAAAGGACAACUGCAUGAUAAGUUCCUCUGUUGAUGGCACCAUUAAGGUGUGGAAAUCUUGA